AUGAGCUAUCACCCUCGUAGGAUUUUGACACCUGGCGCUUCCAGGAAGCGCAAAGAGAGAGAGACAUUUUAUCCAUUUAAGCCGUUCAAUUCGGCUCAGCUCGGGGGUAAGCCAGCUUUAAAAGCUGAAAAGUCCGUUUCUUCUAAUCGGUUGCUCGCCGGAUACAUGGCAUAUGAAUAUUUGACAAAAGGCACCUUAUUCGGUCAAAAAUUCGACCCCGCUCGAGCCGAGGCUGUACCUUUAGCCGGCGGCGGCUCAGCGGAGUGGAAGAAGAGAGGAAUGAAGCCGCCGGAAGUGCAGCCAGGGUGGAGAAAAGAGCACCAGAGUUACGCUGAGGUGGCAAGCAUAUUGAAGACGGAUGGGGCCCACAUACCGGGAAUAGUUAAUCCUACUCAACUAGCUAAGUGGAUCCAGAUGUGA